GCAUAAACGCAACAGGCAACGGGGGGAAUUCAAAUUUCGAAAUCGCCUUGCGAAACAAAUGAUGAGGAUCCGCAACUUGGUGGCUCCCACCCUUCAAUUUAAAGCACAAUCGCGCGUUUACUGCAACCUCCGACAAAGGCUCUCCCGCCCCGGACUCGACUUCACCGCCUAUGGCUCCGCCAUUCAGCACUGCUCCGACCGCCGCCUCGUCCGCCAGGGCAAGCAGCUCCACGCUCGCCUCAUCCUGCUCUCCGUCACACCCGAUAACUUCCUCGCCUCCAAGCUCAUCCUCUUCUACUCCAAAUCCAACCACGCGCGCGAAGCGCGCAAGCUGUUCGACGCCACUCCCCACAAAAACACCUUCACAUGGAACGCCAUGCUCCUUGGCUACUCCUUCAACGCCAUGUUCCGCCACGCGCUCAACCUCUUCGCUUCGCUCGUUUCCUCCACCAACCCUAACCCUAACGCCUCCCCCGAUAACUUCACCAUAUCCUGCGUCUUGAAAGCGUUCGCUUCGUCUUUUUCUACACCCGAGUUUACGAAGGAGCUUCACUGUUUAAUUCUUCGGCGAGGCUUUGACUCUGAUAUUUUCGUUCUCAACGCGCUGAUCACGUGCUACUGCAGGUGCGACGAGGUUGGACUUGCGCGGCACGUGUUCGACGGAAUGUCGCGGAGAGACAUUGUGACGUGGAACGCGAUGAUUGGUGGAUACUCUCAGAGGAGGUUUUACGAUGAAUGUAAGAGGUUGUACUUGGAGAUGUUGAAUGUGUCGAGUGUUGCACCCGAUGCGGUUACCGCGGUGAGCGUGAUGCAGGCGUGUGGACAGUCCAUGGACCUUGAAUUUGGAAUGGAGCUUCACCGUUUUCUGAAGGAGAGUAGAAUUGGGGUUGAUGUUUCGCUUUCCAACGCUGUGAUUGCUAUGUAUGCCAAGUGUGGUAGGUUGGAUUAUGCGCGAGAGUUGUUUGAGGGAAUGCGUGAGAAGGAUGAGGUUACUUAUGGGUCGAUUAUUUCGGGGUACAUGGGUCACGGGUUUGUGGAUGAAGCGGUGGGUAUUUUUCGAGGGGUGGAGAACCCUGGAUUGAAUAUGUGGAAUGCUGUGAUUUCUGGUAUGGUUCAAAAUAAGGAGUUUGAAGGGGUUCUUGAUUUGGUACGGGAAAUGCAGGGUCCUGGUUUGAGUCCCAAUGCUGUCACGCUUGCUGGUGUUCUUCCUUCGUUUUCAUACUUCUCAAACCUGCGAGGAGGGAAAGAGGUUCAUGGUUAUGCUAUCAGGAGAGGUUAUGAGCAAAAUGUGUAUGUGGCAACUUCCGUUAUUGAUGUUUAUGCAAAGUUGGGGUAUAUUUGUGGGGCUAGACGGGUUUUUGAUCUAUCACGGGGUAGGAGUUUGAUAACUUGGACAGCGAUUAUAUCUGCUUAUGCUGCUCGUGGUGAUGCUAGUUUGGCACUUGGUCUCUAUGCUCAGAUGCUGGAUAAAGGAAUUCGACCUGAUCUGGUGACAUUAACUUCUGUAUUGACAGCUUGUGCUCAUUCUGGAUUGGUUGAUGAAGCUUGGAAUAUCUUCAAUUCUAUGCUCUCAAAAUGUGGCAUUCAACCCUUGGUGGAGCACUAUGGUUGCAUGGUAGGUGUUCUUAGUAGAGCUGGGAAGCUCUCGGAAGCAGCACGAUUCAUUUCUGAAAUGCCAAUUCAACCAAGUGCUAAAGUCUGGGGUGCUCUGCUACAUGGGGCUUCUGUUUACGGUGAUGUUGAAGUGGGCAAGUUUGCUUUUGAUCAUUUGUUUGAGAUGGAGCCUGAAAAUACCGGGAAUUACGUAAUUAUGGCCAAUUUAUAUUCAUAACAAGCUGAUAAGGUGAGGGAAAGAAUGAAAGAUAUUGGAUUACAAAAGGUCCGCGGAAGUAGUUGGAUUGAAACGAGUGGAGGGUUACUUAGCUUCAUUGCCAAGGAUGUGUCAAAUGGAAGAUCUGAUGAGAUCUAUGCAUUGCUGGAAGGGUUGCUUGGUUUGAUGAGGGAAGAAGCAUACAUUUUACAGGAAGAGUUAGAUUAUGAGAAUGGUUUUAAUUAAUAACUGACAUGUGGUAACUUGCACUGAAAUGAUCACUCGCUUCUUGUAGACUAGAGCAAAAAAAGACCUCUCAAGUUCUGAGAUGCAGAAAGAAACUAGAUGACACCUGUGUCUCAAUACUCAGCAAACAUAUCAAGAUUUACUUGGUGCACAAGGUUAGGAAUCGGCUCUCUCCUCUUUAUUCAGUGUGCAUAGAAAUUUAUGCCUGCUGAUUCUUCUCCCAGGGUAGUUUAGGCCUAGAAACACACGGCUCCGAGGAGUACUUGAUCAUUUUAAGUAGACACAUUUCUAACACGGACACUCCUAGACACUAGUCCGACACUUGUUACACACUUCUAACUAGGGAAUUUUUUACUGAAUUAAUUUUUUUUUUAAAAUACCAAGAUAGCACCUUGUAUACUUUAAUUUUCCAACUAGCACCAUUUACUGUACAAGGUCUGUACCUGCUCGAGGGUACACUCGUAGUCUUCUUGGUAAGAAGGGACGAACGGAUACUUCAAACGGAUUCUUCAGAGGGGGGAGAUACCUGCAAAAGGCACUCCGACACUCAAGUCAGGACAAGUACGAUAUUCUAGGAUAAUUAAUAAACAGUGACAUACAUCGUUAUGUGUGACCUACUUAUAGUACUUGACGUGGGUCUAGUCAUGGUGGGCCUUCUCAGAUGUUUACCAAAUUAAGUAAUACGAUGUUAAUCGGUUGUUAGGCCCAAAUCAUGUGUUUACCUUUCUUAAUCGUGAUUAGCAUUAUAAUCCGUUCUACCUUUCGGCGAGUGGCCGAGCCGACAAAUCAAGAACUGGGAAGCUGUACGUCUUCGGCUGUUGACCAGACCGACAUAUGCUUUACUCGGGUAUUUCACUCGUUCGGCAUUCGGUCGAGCUGAUUUGAUGGGUGGUUUUGUCUGUAUCGGCCUGAAACCGAACCGAUAAUUGCUAGUAGACUGUUCUCGGCCUUCAGCUGCAUGCCGAGUCGAUUCUAACGUCAAGGUUCAUAUGGGCGUGAUUCAAUAUGCUUGGGUGUCUGACGGGACUACACGUGUUGGUUCACGUGACCGAUACGAUCCCUCCGGUACAAGGUUAGAAUUUGAUUUCCCAUACAGUAAAUGGUGCUAGUUAGAGAAUUAAAGUGUAAACAGUGUUAUUUUGGUUUUUUUUUUAAAUUUAAUUCAGUAAAAAAGUCUCUAACUAGGUGUCCAAUUAAAAAAAAUAUUGUUGGUUGUUUUGGACACUCAAGUCAACGGAAAUUUUACAUAAAUAAUAUUUUUUAAAAGAAAAAAUACAAAAAUGACACCUGUGCAAGUUUAUUUACCAGAGUAGAACG